GCGGCAGUGUGAGUCCGACCCCCAACCGACGACCGGCACCAGCGCAGGCCGACGAGCCAGGUCGGCUGUAAAAUGGCGCCAACUAACGCGGCGAAUGACGCCGCUGUCUCCUUCUCCAUCAACAGCCAGCCACACAAAGUGCUGAAGCGUGCGGCUGGUGAUGACGUCAGCGGUGAUGACGUCACGUCGACCACGACGCUGGCCGAGUACCUGCGGCGGCACCAGCAGCUGCCCGGCACAAAGACCAUGUGUCGCGAGGGCAUGUGCGGCGCCUGCGUGGUCAACGUGACCUCUGUGAAUCCGGCCACCGGCAAGCCGGAGAGCCGCGCCGUCAACUCGUGCAUGGUGCCGCUGCAGGCCUGCGGCAACUGGAGCAUCCAGACUGUGGAAGGAAUCGGAAACAGAAAGGACGGCUACCACCCGGUGCAGGCGCGGUUGGCGCAUAUGAACGGAACACAGUGCGGCUACUGCAGCCCAGGAAUGGUCAUGUCUAUGUACAGCCUGCUCCAGUCCAAGGGUCAGCCGACCCCGGAGCAGGUGGAGCAGGCGAUGGACGGCAACCUGUGCCGCUGCACCGGCUACCGGCCCAUUCUGGACGCCUUCAAAACGUUCACCGGCGAAACAGACGACAGCACCAAGAAACUCGUCAGGGAUAUCGAGGAGGCGGCUGGCUGUCACGGCAGCUCCGGUGCCAACUGCAAGGGCACGUGCGCCGGCUGUCCGCGUGCCCGCACGGCGCUCACCCCUGCUGGCAGCACGUGGCGCGUGCCGAGCUCGCUGCCGCAGGCUCUGGCCGACCUCAGCGGCCUCUCGGUGGGCGGCAAGACCAUCCGCCUGGUGGCCGGCAACACGUCCACGGGCGUGCUGGACAAGUACGAGGCCCCGGCCGACGGGUACGUCUCGCUGCUGAAGAUCCCUGAGCUGCGCGAGGUGACCGGCCCGGAGCCGGCGGCGCGCUCGGGCCGCUGGAACUCCUCGGGCGCAGUGUUCGGCGCCGCCGUCACGCUCUCGCAGCUCAUCACCGAGCUGGAGAAGCUCUCCGGCUCGGCCGGCUACCGCCACUGCGCCGAGAUGGCGCGCCACCUCCGCCUGGUGGCCAACACGCCCGUCAGGAACGCCGCCACCUGGGCCGGCAACCUGAUGAUCAAGUACAAGCACCGGUCGUUCCCGUCCGAUGUCUUCCUGCUGCUGACCGCUGCCAGAGCCACCCUGAAGAUAGCCGAGGGAAGGAAGAUGGAGGAAAUUUCCGUGGAGAAACUGUACGAAAUCAGCAUGGCGAACAAGAUCAUCAUCUCGAUGAAGCUGCCCGCCCUGGACGACAAGUACAUUUUCAAAUCGUAUAAGAUCACUCCGCGGGCCAUCAGUGCGCACGCCUACGUGAACGCAGCGUUCGUCGUGCCGUACGACUCCGCCACGGGGAAGGUUACCGAGCGUCCCACCCUGCUGUUCGGCGGCAUCAGCGGACAGUUCGUUCACGCCGAGAACACGGAGCGGUUCCUGACGGGCCGCUGUCUGAGCGAGGCGUCCACCGUGAGCGGCGCACUGGAGACACUGCGGGGGGAGGUGCGACCCGAGCCGGACCCCGAGCUGGCCGACGUCAGCUACCGCGCCCGACUGGCCUCCCACCUGCUCUUCAAGGUGAUGGUCCACACGCUCGGUGACAAGGUGCCGGCUCACCUGAGGUCGGCUGGCCAGGACCUCACCCGCGACCUCAUGAAGGGGACGCAGGAGUUCGAGACGGACAAGACCCUCUGGCCCGUCAACCAAGCCAUACCGAAACUGGAGGCUGAGAUCCAGACCUCAGGCGAAGCGGAGUACCUGGAUGACCAGCAUGAGGCGCCGGGAGAGCUGCACGGCUACUACGUUCUUGCCACAGUCGGAAAUGCCGUCAUCAGCAGCAUUGACGCCUCGCAGGCACUAGCGAUGCCAGGCGUCCAGGACUUUGUCACGGCCAAAGACGUGAUGGGCUCAAACGAUAAUGUCCUUAUGGGACAAUUCGUGACCUUUUUCGGGGCCCUCGGUCUGGAUGGCAAGAUGGUGCCCACCGAUCAGCUGUUUGCCGACGGCCGGGUAAGGUUCUGCGGCCAGCCGAUCGGUCUGGUGGUGGCCGACAACCGGGAGGUGGCCCGACGUGCCGCCGCCCUGGUCAAGGUGCACUACUCGCAGCAGGAGCGUCCCGUGCUCACCAUCAAAGAGGCGCUGAUCAAUCAGCCAGAGGGACGCCAGCAGACCAAACUGUGUCCAGCCAACCUGAAAAUAGGAGAUGCCGAUGUGGCGCUGGAGCAGGCUCCCCACCGGCUCAGCGGGGAGUGGGAGGUGGGCACCCAGUUCCACUUCACCAUGGAGCCGCAGUCGGUGCGCGUUGUGCCCAACGAGGACGGUCAGCUGAACGUCUUCAGCGCCACGCAGACCAUCAAGGAUGUCGUGGACGCCGUCUCACACGCCGUCAAUGUUCCCUCCAACAAGAUUAACGGUCAGGUGCGCCGCAUUGGCGGCGGAUACGGUGGCAAGAUCACCAACUCGCUGCCCAUAGCCAGCGCGUGCGCCGUGGCCGCCGUCAAGCUGAACCGUCCCGUGCGGGUCGUGCUCGACAUCGAGAAUAUGAUCGACAUGUGUGCCACCCGUCUGCCCUACCUCAUCUCGUACGAGGCUGGCUACGACGACAGCGGUCGGCUGCUGGCGCUGAAGAUGCACCUGGUGAUGAACUUGGGCCACUCCAACACCCUGCUCGGCUUCAUUGAGGCCAUGGACGUGAUACAGCGAGUCAAAAACUUGUACCACGCUGAGCACUGGACGGUUACACCGGGCACGGUCACCACCAACCAGUGUCUGUACACCGCCUGCAGGGCACCAGGCAGCGUCCAGGCGAUCGCAGCCAUCGAGACCGUGAUGAACCACAUCGCCCACGAGCUGCGCAUGGAUCCCUGGGAAGUGCGCAAGGCCAACUUUGCCGUCGGUAAUCCGAAGAUACCGCCAACCCCGCAGUCCGAGGACGCCAACAGGGUCGUCUCACUCAUGGUGAGCGAGAUGUUCGAAAAGGCCGACAUCAUGAAGAGAAAGGCUGACAUCGACAGCUUCAACAAAUCUAACCGCUGGCGUAAGCGUGCGCUGGCCAUGCUGCCCAUGAACUACCACGUGGCCAUGAUGUCCAAGAUGGUCACCCUGGUCUCCAUCUACGACAAGGAUGGCUCGGUGGCAGUGUCGCACGGCGGCGUGGAGAUGGGUCAGGGUCUCAACACCAAGGUGGCACAGGUGUGCGCCAAGGAGCUGGGCAUCCCUCUUAGCACCAUAUCAGUGAAGCCCAACAAUACGCUGGUCAACCCGAACGGCUUCGUCACGGGCGGCAGCGUGGGCAGCGAGAUGUGCAGCUUGGCCGUACGGCAGGCCUGCGACCAGCUCAAGGAGCGUCUGAAGCCGUUCAGGGCGCCAGAGGGCGAGCCUGAGCGGCCCUGGCAGCAGGUUGUCCAGAUGGCGUCCAUGAUGGGCACCAACCUCACGGCGCACACACUCCAGCCGCCCCUGGAGUCGGGGUACUCGGUGUGGGGCCUGACGGCCGCCGAGGUGGAGCUGGACGUUCUCACCGGCGAGUACCGCUUCAACCGCGUGGACGUGUACGAGGACGCCGGCCAGUCGCUGUCGCCCUGGAUCGACGUCGGACAGGUGGAGGGCGCCUUCACCAUGGGCAUGGGCCUGUUCCUGACCGAGCAGUACCGCUACGACCCGGAGACGGGACGCAAACUGACCAACCGCGCCUGGAACUACUAUCCGCCGACUCAUAAGGACAUGCCCAGAGACUUCCGGGUAAAGCUGCUGAAGAACAACAAGAACGACGUCGGAAUCUUCAAUUCCAAAGCGACUGGCGAGCCGGCGGUGUGCAUGAGCCACGCGUGCCUGCUGGCCAUUCAGCAGGCAGUGGCCGAGGCGCGCCGCGACGCCGGUCUCAACGACUGGGUCACCAUCAAUGCGCCCAGUACGGUGGAGUACACAGAGACCGCGUGCGAGACCAAGCCUGAGAUGCUGGUCCUCUCCUAGUCGUCCGCGAGGGACCCGGAAGACCUGGACCGCGCCAGGCCGAGGGACCGGACCACGGCGAACGUACGGGUCAUCUCCGAUCAGGGGCCGAAAGGCUGGGACAAGAGGCCACACCAGUGAUCAUCCAGCGUGGCUGUUAGCCGGAGACCAGCCAUUGAUUUUACAUUGGUUGCGUUUUCAGCCAUUGAAUAAUUGAACGUAGUUUAGACAUCGGUUUGCUGGGUAUUAUACUACUCGAUUUCCGCUUAUGCCGAAGUAGUCCAAUCAUUUGCGAUUGAUUACAGGGGUGUUAGACGCAAUUCUUUGACGGGUAACUCGGUAUAAAAAAAAACAUGCCGAAUGCCGUCGUUGUAAGGAUAAGUGUAACUGGAGCGAUGAAGUAAACGCUUCUUCGUUAUUUGUGUAAAUGCAAUAGUAGGACCUGAUAAUAUUUUUGGCCUAUCUCUGGUAUUGAGGGAUGUUGGGCAGCGUCAGCAUUCCCUCUAACAGGAAAAUACAAACUCGAGUGUUUGUGUGAAGUGCACGGGGAGAAUACAACGCAUGGCU